GAUGCACAAACACACACACACACAUUUCUUUAUAGGCACGCUCGCACAACUCAUUUUGCCCAGGUCCGUGAAGAUGCUGCUCUUCUUCUUACUGUCACUCUUCCAUUUCAACCCAUCUCUGAGCCUAAAAAUCUGCUCCUUCAAUGUGAGGUCGUUUGGAGAAACUAAAAUAGCCAGACCUGAAGUCAUCGAUGCUGUGGUAAAGAUCGUUUCCCGCUGUGACAUCAUGCUGCUGAUGGAAAUAAAGGACAGCAAGAACCGUGUUUGUCCUCUCCUGGUGGAGAAGCUCACCAGUCAGCUGAAGAGACCAAAGGAGGAGUACAGGUGUGUGGCCAGCAAGAGGCUGGGAAGGAACAACUACAAGGAGCAGUAUGCCUUCAUCUACAGGCAAGAUCAGGUAUUGGUGAAACAAACCUACCAGUACCCUGACACCCAGCCUGGGGAUGAGGAUGUCUUCUCCAGAGAACCCUUCAUCAUCUGGUUUCAGUCUCCCAAAACCGCUGUCAGUGAGUUUGCUUUUAUCCCUCUGCACACCACACCAGACACAGCAGUGCGGGAGAUUGAUGAGCUCUAUGAUGUGUAUUUAGAUGUCAAACAGCGCUGGAAAAUCGAGAACUUCAUCUUCAUGGGGGAUUUCAAUGCUGGGUGCAGCUAUGUUCCCAAAAAGCAGUGGAAGAACAUCCGUCUGAGGACUUACUCCGAAUUCCUCUGGCUAAUUGGUGACAAAAAUGACACAACAGUGAAGAACACCACCAGAUGCCCAUAUGACAGGAUUGUGGUCAGGGGACAGAAGCUCAUCCAGGCUGUGGUGCCACACUCUGUGAACAUCUUUGAUUUCCAGGAGGAAUUUCAGAUGACCGAGGAGCAGGCGCUGGGAGUGAGCGACCAUUUCCCAAUAGAAUUUGAGUUAAAAGCAAAAGGUGGCUUUUUCAACUGGCUGAGAUCAAAGUUUUCAAGGAAGAGGAGACCAAGAAGAGCCGCUCAACCAGAUCAUGAGCGUGUCAGGUCCUCCUACCUGGCAUAGAGAUACACAGAUGCCAACAGAUCUCGUAGAAGACUGGUAUAG